UUGUGUACUUUUAACAUUAGUUACAUCAAAUUAACAAGAGCGUGCAUUGAGGAUUACGGAAUGUUGGACCGAGAGCGAUAAAUGUUUACGUGAUUACGAUAUUGAGAUGGGAGGGGAGGCGAUGUUGUGGCGAACCACCUUGACUAGGCAGGUUCACUGGCUCUCGCGUGCCGGCUAAUUCACAAUUGCCAGUCAGUGCUCGUUAGUCGUCAACGUGAACGCGGCAGUGCUCCGCAAAAUGGCUGUGUCAAAAACUAUAUGGCAUUGCGCCGGUUUGUUAUUGUUUAUUGUCGUAUCUUGUGCUGCUCUUUCCGGUUUAUAUAUCGAUAAUGGUGUGGAUCAGACAAUUAUUCACCACUCAAUGACGCGUCAUGAAAGACAGGUUGUUGAACACGAAAUAUUAGAAUUGUUGGGACUCGGCGAGAGACCGAGGCGUGCGCAAACGCCACCCUUGGACCGCUCAGCUCCAAGCUUUUUACUGGACGUCUAUAAGCAGUUAGCUGAGGAGCACGAACAAGCUCGGCCUACCCGAAGCUCUGAAAUGGCUCUUAGUGGCGAAGAGCAAAAUGCAAUCGACGAGAGCGAUCUUAUUAUGACAUUUCAGAGCAAAAAGCACCACUUGGGCGUCUUACGUCAUGGUCACGGAAGGCAUAUUUGGUUUGAAGUUACUGGCGCUCCUAGUGACGCUUCCUCCUUACUUACUGCUGAGUUGAGACUUCAUCAGGCACCAACACAUACAGUGGGGCCUGCUGAUCUUUACACAGUUGUUGUUCAUCGGGUGAUCAGCGUUGAUAAUUUAGGAGGUAUGCAAAUGGAGCAGGUAGCUGCAGUAAAUACGAGCGCCAGCGCUGAAGGGUGGCUGGAGUUUAAUGUAACAGCUGCCUUAGCUUCGUGGCUUGGAGCCCCCGCAGACAAUCGUGGCUUCUUUAUCACUCUCCACCCUCAUACUCAACCAGAACGUCAUGUUAAACCGGAGGAAAUAGGUUUGGAAGAGAAUCACGGUCCAAACUCCGAAGGCAAGCAGCCAUUUUUGGUAGCAUUUUUUAAAAACGUUCCAAAAUUAGGCGGCGCUGACGCAGGAGCUCGGAAAAAAAGAGAGGCAAGGCGGUGGCGCUCGCACGGUUAUUCAGAAAAUUACUUGAGGAACCCUCUAACAGACACGUUACAUUGGACCACCCGGAGUUGUGAAAUUCAAACACUGUACGUCAGUUUUAAGGAUUUAGAAUGGCAGGAUUGGAUUAUAGCUCCCGAAGGAUACGGGGCAUUUUAUUGCAGUGGAGAAUGUAAUUUCCCCUUGAAUGCACAUAAAAACGCUACAAACCACGCAAUCGUCCAAACGUUGGUUCAUCUUUUAUAUCCAAACCAGGUACCGAAACCAUCGUGUGCACCAAUCAAAUUGUCUCCUAUAUCCGUGUUAUACUAUACAGACGACUCGAAUGUAAUUUUACGAAAGUACAAAAAUAUGGUCGUUAAAAGUUGUGGGUGCCAUUAAAUUCUCAAUAAUUGUGCUAAUUUUGAUGUACAUAAAAUUUAAGUUUUUAACUUUACUCAAAAUAAUAAAUCGUUCAAUCUACCUUUUUUGUACCAUUUGCUAAUGAAUAUAUAUUACUAUAGAAGACCACUAUUGAAUUAUUCUUAACUUUUAUAAUUAUCAAUAGCAAGCAGUGGAACCAAAAAAAUAUUAACAUUUUCUGUACUAAUAAACAUACUUUUUACUUGCAACUGGCAUUGCAAGUUAUAACUAUUAUAAUAAAAUUUAAAAAAAAACCCCUUUGUAUAAAGAAGAUUAAUCUAAUUAUACUAUUUAACUAAAGCAGCCUCUAUAACAUUUAAAAAAAAUAAACGCAAAUAAAUUGAGAUAUUGAUGAAAAGAAACAGACAACUUCAAAACCACACAAGAGACAUGUUUUUUUUAAAUGCGAGGCAAAUAGACAUAUUUUUUUAUAAAUACGGUACAAUUAGAAUUAUAAUUCAUUCAUAUACGGAGUUACUUAGCUUUUGAAGGUUUCGUCUCCUCACACUUAUAACAAAAUCAAACGCGUCGCUGUGAACCUCCAUUGCUAAUUGGAAAGUCUACUAUUUUUUACUCUACUAUUUUUUAAUACACAUUUAUUUAAAUUCAGUGCAUCGACAUUUGACACUUCAUUAAUGAGAGAUUUAUGUACAUCAGUAUUAGUACCUAUACCUUAAAACUAGUCUGUAGUCCAUCCAUUAUAUUACUUUAAUUAAAAUAUUUUAAGCUAAUUGCGUUAAUAGAAUAGAAAAUCAAUAGUCUUCAUAAUUGUACGUUAUA